AUGGCUCAUUUUACACGUUUUGUUUCAUUUGAAGAUAAAUUCAAUACAAAUUUAUUUACAUUUAUUCUUCCAAGUACAUAUUUAUUAGGUACAGAAGAAAAAUUAAUAACACGAGAAUUUAUUUGUCGACAUAUACCAUUUGCAUUAACAUUUGUUAAAAAUGGUGAUCAAUUAAAUGCAUUUCUAUUACAUCGUAGUCGUGACACAGAAAGAAUUGAAAUGACACUUGAUUUAAGUGUUACAUUAUUAUGUCGGGAACAUUUUACACGUAACGAAACAUUUAUUGAAAAAAAUUGUAAAUUUACAAAUAAAGUCACUUUACAUGGAAGAAAAUCAUUUACAUCAGUCAAUCGUUUAUGUUCAGUUGAUUAUAUGGAUGAACGUGGAAAUAUUCAAUGUGAACUUGAAAUAAAAAAUCUUUCUAUAUCAUAUAUAACAGAAGUACAAUUAACACCACAAUUAAUUAAUCCUCAAUAUGCACAUGUUAUACAUCCUACGAAUAAUCGACAACCCAUUGAUGCUAAAAUCGAAACACCAUCAUUUUUCUAUUCAAAUUAUGAAUGGUGUGUUGUUAUACAACCAAAACUUGAUAGUGUAGGACAACUUGGACAUUUUCGAAUGUUUAUACAACGUUUAACACCAUGUGAUCAUUCUGUUAAAUUAACAUAUCGUGUUAAAUUAACAGCUGGAUCUUAUACAUGGGAUCCAUAUCAAGAACGUAGAAUAACUAAUCCACAUGAUAGUAAUACAUAUGAAAUAAAUUAUACUGAUGUACACGGUUUAUGCCGUCCAUAUCGUAUUGAUCGUGUACGAGAAUNUAAAUAA